AUGGCGAGUGAGGUCCUCAUUAAUGGGGGUAUUUUAAUCACCUUUGAUAGAUCUUUUGGGACAGUGGAGGUAAAUGAGUGGGGAGAGCUCCAGGAACUGUUGGGGGAUGUCCAGCUUAGUGAAGCAGAGGACAAGAAGCAGAGGACUGAGAGGAGGUGGCGUCUCAAGGACACCAUCGUUUCUCGCUUCCCAUCCCAUGGAGCGUAUUCGAACAGACAGCUGGGUCAAAACUCGAAAGCUUUACCGCACCGACCAAAUCGCCGGCCCAUCCGCCGCAGAAUGCUCCGCCUCCUCACCGGCGGCCUCCGCCGCUCCCUCUCCACGGCCGCCUCGCGCCCGCCGUGGGCGCUGAUCCAGCUCACCUCCAUGGACAAGUCGGGGGCGCCGGCGCCGGGCGCGUCCUGCCACCUCGACGCGCCCCCGUUCCUCACCAACCUCACCGUCCCCGCCCACUUCGUCCACCCGCGCCCUCGCCUGGACCCCGCCACCGGCAAGCACGGCUCCGUCCCGGGCCAGGUCUGCGCCACCAGCGCCCACGGCUUCCUCCUCGUGCGCUUCUGGGAGUCCCGCUUCGGCUUCUCCGUCGGCGCCGGCGGCGACCACGGCGAGUCCCUGGUAUCCGCCAUACUCAACCUCUCCUUCACCGACAUGGACACCAAUCCGGAGACCACGCGCUUCGUCUGCAACCCGCUAAGCGGCGAGCUUUACCGCCUCCCGGACAUCGACGGCACCAAGAGGACCUCCGCCUGCAACCACGUCGGCAUCCUCACCCAGUCCGAAGGCGGGGACGCGGCCCCGGACAGGUACGCGGUAGCUGAGAUGUUCACCGCCGGAGGCAGGGAGGAGGAGGGAUUGCUCAUGAGGCGGUUUCUCUCCGACACCGGGGAGUGGGAGAAGUUGGUCGGCUUGCCGUCCCCUCUGCCGGCUGCGGCUGGGCGGCAGAUGGACGUCGUCACCGCCGUGGUGGCCUUCGGCGACCGGCUGUGGUGGGUCGACGAGAGCUGGGGCGCCGUCUCGGUGGACCCGCUCAGCGACCGGCCGGAGCCCCGCUUCGUGGAGCUGCCCAGAGGCAGCGUGCUGCCUGACCUCAAGGGCAUGGUCUUCAUGAAGCAACUCGGCAGGUACCGGCGCAUGGGGGCCAGCGACGGGAAGAUGCGCUACGUCGAGGUGUCCAAGGACAAGCCCUACGUGAUCACCGCCUUCUCCCUCGACGACGGGGGCACCUCCUGGACGCUGGACCACGAGGUGCCAUUUCUCCACAUCUGGAUGGACGAACGCAACCAGUUUCCGCCCUUGAAGGAGAUGCCGGCCAUUGGGGCCAUCGACCCGCUCAACGCCAAUGUGGUCUACCUCGUCUGCGGCCACCAGCUUCUCGGCGUGGACAUGGUUAGCAAGAAGGUUACUGGGAGUUCUCGUAUAGCUAUACCCCGUGUCCCCAUCCUACCAUGUGUGCUCCCGGCAUGGCUGGAAUCAACCAAGAUCCCGUACGCAGAUUGGAGCAAGAAGACUACUGCCAAAAGGGAGGUUUUGCCAGAUACAGACAAAAAGAACACUCUACGUGUAGAGGUUUCUGAGACUUGUAAGAGAAGAGUUGUUUUGGAGGACUAG